UUUACUUUUUGUUUAUUUAUACUUCAAGUAAAAGUAUUUUUUCCCUCGUUUGCCUUCACAUUUUUAAUGUAAUCGCAAGAUGGAGAAAAAAAACUUGUCAAAUCCGUCACGAUCCCGUGAAAUCCGUAGCCACAGCCGCUUUCUGGUUCUAGCAGUUCUAGGCCUAGUCUCCUAUGUCGACGCGUGGAGAACGCAAAUACGUAGUUAAACGUUACGGGAACCACGAAAGCCCGGGCAUUAGCUAACGUAAAAUGUUCGCGCUGGUCCGUUUUUUUAAUGAGUUCGACGGAAAAGUGUAUGUGGUGCCCGUUCGGUGCAUUAAGGACUUCCAUCCGUUAAAUGAAAAUGACUUUGACAAGAAUGGUGUCUACACAACGUACUGGGAAGACCUAGAGAACUCCGAAAAUACAGGAUCCUACUCUUCGCAGGUGCUGCUUCUCGCAAGUUCCAAGGAAGAGCUGGAAGCUAAAAGGGCAUUGAAAAGGGUGCGCAAGGCUAUUAUUCACCCUUCGGAUUUGGAGCAGGGGGAGGGAAGCGAGCAUGAUGCUCCCGCUUCUCAGAAGCAAUCGUCGAAGCUGGACUCCCGCCAGACUUCACAAGACAAAAAAAGACAGAAGGCUCUCCAGUUGGCGUCAAAGAGUUCUGCUUACCAGAGGAUAUUAGAAGAGCAGCUCGAAAAUGCUAAGAAGAAAAAUGAAGCUGCCUCUGCUGUACAGGUCUGUGCCGCAAUAUGCAUAUCAUACAUGCUUUCAACAUUUGUUUACCUGCAAUCUACCAAACAUGUUCUCGUGCAGGUCUCCAGAAAAAGACCACGCCCUGCCCCAGAAUCGGACAGCGACAGCAAUGAUUACGUUGUCUCUGCCUCUGAGUUAAAGCGCGCACGAACAGAGGCACGGUACUGGCGCCGUCGCUACGAAGAAGUUAACAGAGAGAAGGCGCAACUUACUAAUAUCGUCGAAACUAUGAGUGGAACUAUAAAUGGCCAGUUGGCAACGCUUAAGGAGAUGCUGGAGUCCAGGGGGCCUGUUCAGCUGCCAGGAACACAGGCAGUUCAUCAAGUUUGCACAUCACUUGAACCGACGGCAGGGCCAAGUGCACGGAGAACGGUGCCUCCUAGCAACCCCCCAAGGGCCCCUGCCGUUUGUCAGAUGGCUCUGCCCCCAAGAAGUCCUCUGAGGAACCCUCUGAGGACCCCUCCGAGGACCCCUCCGAGGACCCCCCCGAGGACCCCCCCGAGGACCCCCCCGAGGACCCCUCCGAGGACCCUUCCGAGGACCCCUCCGAGGACCCUUCCGAGGACCCCUCCGAGGACCCCUCCGAGGACCCUUCCGAGGACCCCUCCGAGGACCCCUCCGAGGACCCCUCCGAGGACCCCUCCGAGGACCCCUCUAAGAUGUCAUCUAUCACUGACCAACCAGCCCAGGAGUGCAGUCCUGGCCUCACCACCAGCAAUAGGUAUAAUACUUGCAUCAGUGAGACACUAGUGUCCCUUAAAAUUAAUGGAGAAGUUAACAAGAUUUUGGUAAAACAUACUUGUGGAACCUUCACCU